UGUGUUCAGAAAAGCGGCCAGACGGUGACAGAAUAUGCUGCUGAGCUCCGCCAACUAGCUGCUAAAUGUGAUUUCGGAGACAGGCUGGAUGAAGCUCUACGUGAUGGUUUCGUCAGCGGGGUCAGUUCUGAGGCUUGCCAACGCAAAUUGCUCUCGGAGGACAGACUGACUUUUGCUAGAGCUGUGGAGCUCGCUGUUAAUAUGGAGACAGCCCACAGAGAUGCGCAACAGUUGCAGAAAAGUGAUGACGUCACCCCCGUUCACAAGGUAAAGGAGACGCGACGCUCAACUUCGAUGCAAGAAGGGUGUUAUCGAUGUAGGGGCAAGAAUCAUGGCGCUAAUGAUUGCUACUACAAGAAUGCUAGGUGUCAUAAAUGUGGCAAAGUUGGACAUAUACAGAAGGCAUGCAAAACUGUGGGACAAACAUGUGAGAAGCGAGUGCAAAACGGGAGGAGGAAAAGUGAGCAGAGAGAAGGGAGAAUGACUGGCUACUUACAAACGGAUGAAGUGGAAGAUGCAACUCUGAUGUAUUCUGUGUUCAGUGCAAAUGGUACAGGUCGGCAGCCAUACAGGGCAACUUUUGAUGUAAAUGGAAAAAAGUGCCGAUGGAAAUUGACACGGGAGCAGGAGUAAGCAUUAUCUCAGAAAAAGUGUAUGAGCAGUCAUUUUCGCAUGUGCCUCUAGAGGGCAGCAGCGUCACUCUGAAAGGCUAUUCAGGAGAAAUAAUUCCAGUAAAAGGACAGUUUAUGGCUAAAGUGACGUAUGAAAAUCAGACUUUCAAUCUACCACUGAUAGUAGUGGCUGGAGGUGGUCCUUCACUGUGUGGGCGAGAAUGGCUGGAUCAAGUCAAGCUUAACUGGAAGAUGAUUAAAAAAGUCACACAAUGCGCAGCAAAGCCCAAGUCAAUACAAGAUGUGUUGGAUAAAUAUGAUGAUGUUUUCAAAAAUGAAUUGGGCACAUUAAAAGACAUUAAGGCAACAAUUUCAGUGAAGCGUGACGCUGUCCCAAAGUUUCAUAAAGCCAGAGUCCUGCCUUUUGCAAUGAAAGAAAAGGUGGAAAAAGAACUGGAGCGCUUGGAAAAAGAAGGUGUCAUCAACCCUGUGAAGCACAGUGAGUGGGCAGCUCCAGUGGUGCCCGUUUCCAAGCGAGAUGGUGGACUUCGCUUGUGCGGCGAUUACAAAGUCACUGUAAACCCAGUUACAAACACUGAAACAUACCCAUUACCAUGCAUUGAAGAGGUUCUGGCAGCAUUAUGUGGAGGAAAAAUCUUCUCUAAAAUAGACCUGGCAGCCGCUUACCAACAAGUUCUUCUGGAUGAGGAGUCAAAAAAGUAUACAACUGUGAACACUCAUAAAGGACUGUUUGUGUACAGCCGGCUAUGCUUUGGCAUUAAUUCUGCUGUCAGUAUUUUCCAAAGGAUAAUGGAGAACGUGAUGAAAGAUCUCAAUGUAGUGGUCUACCUGGAUGACUUACUUGUGAUGGGUAGAGAUGAAGCUGAGCAUCUGAUGAACCUGGACAGAGUUCUACAGAGGUUACAGGAAAAUGGCCUGAGAGUGAAAAAGUCCAAAUGUGACUUUGGUAAAACACAAAUCGAGUACCUAGGUCACGUUUUGGAUGGAAAAGGAGUUUAUCCUUCAAAAGACAAGGUCAGAGCAGUGCAUGAUGCUCCAACUCCUACAAACAUUAAAGAGCUCAGAGCGUUCUUGGGAUUAGUGAACUACUAUGGACGUUUUUUGCGACAGCAAAGUACUGUUUUGGCCCCACUCUACAAUCUACUGAAAGACCAAGUGAAAUGGAAGUGGAGUAAAGCAGAACGGAGCGCUUUUGACAAAUGUAAGGAAAUGCUAACCAGUGACAAAGUGCUAGCUCACUAUAAUCCGAGCCUGCCACUUUCGCUGGCGUGUGAUGCUUCAGCCUAUGGUAUAGGUACUGUUAUCCAACACACAACACCUGAUGGACAAGAACAUCCAGUGGCUUAUGCCUCUCGCACGCUCUCACCCGCCGAAAGAAACUAUUCACAGAUAGAGAAGGAGGCCCUCAGCCUAGUGUAUGGAGUGAAGAAAUUUCACCAAUAUCUGUGGGGGCGGAAGUUUAACUUGGUCACUGAUCAUAAACCGCUCCUCACGCUGUUUGGAGAAAACAAAAGACUUCCAACAAUGGCAGCUGCACGAAUACAGAGAUGGGCCAUUAUGCUAUCUGCUUAUGAUUAUCACAUAAUCUACCGCCAGUUAGAAAAACAUGGCAAUGCAGAUGGUUUGUCUCGUGUCCCCCUUCCCGAGAUUACGGACACGGGAACAGAGACAAUGACUGCAUAUCUCAAUGCGCUAAUCUGUGAACACCUGGAUGAUGUGCCACUGAGUGCAAAACAGAUCGCCAGGGCAACGCGCAAGGAUGCAGAACUAUCCAAGCUACACAGCUACAUCAUGGAUGGAUGGCCUAAAGAAAUAUCAGAAGAGCUGAAGGUGUACCAUAAAAAGAGAGAGGAACUGUCUGUUGAGCAGGGUUGUGUUCUCUGGGGGACGAGAGUACUGGUACCUUCAAAACUGAGAAGAACAGUGCUUAACGAAAUCCACAGUGGACACCCUGGUAUAGUAAAAAUGAAGAUGAUCGCAAGACAAUAUGUUUGGUGGCCAAAUAUAGACAUGGAAGCUGAAAAGACCUGUAAGCAGUGUGACAGAUGCCAGAUGGAGCAGCGGAUGCCACGCCCUGUCCCUCUUCACCCCUGGGAGUUUCCUGGAGAGACAUGGAAGAGGCUUCACAUUGACUUUGCGGGUCCAUUCAUGGGUCACAUGUUCAUAAUUGUUGUAGAUGCCUACUCAAAAUGGUUGGAGGUUUUUAAGAUGGCACAAAUAACAUCCUCCGCAACCAUUAUGCGACUUCGCAGACUUUUUGCAUCAUUUGGAUUGCCGGAGCAGAUCGUCACAGACAACGCCACAACAUUCACAUCAGACGAGUUCCAGCAGUUCGUUAAAGGCAACGGUAUUCUUCACACAACUGGCGCGCCGAGACAUCCAUCUACAAACGGCUUGGCUGAACGUUAUGUUGCCACAUUCAAAGCAGGCAUGAAGAAGCUGAGUGGAGAGAAUUUGAGUGUUGAGGACAAAGUGUCACAUUUCCUACUGCGAUAUCGUACAACUCCUAAUAGUGCGACUGGAGAGUCACCUGCAGAUUUACACCUGAAGAGACAUGUGCGUACACGAUUGGACUUCCUUAAACCAAACAUCGCCAUGAGAGUAAGGAGAAGGCAGUAUCUACAGAAGGAGGAACAUGACAAUCGGGCUGCUGAGAGACAAUUUGGUGUCGAUGAUCCUGUGAAUCUUCGAAAUACAGCAGGGGAUAAACCCAAGUGGAUUCCAGGAGUGGUUACUCAGCAGACUGGUCCAGUGUCCUACCGGGUGCAGGGAGAAUCAACUGACCAAGUCUACAGACAUCAUGGGGACCAGUUGAGACCUCGAUACCCUCUGGGCAAAUCUGAGAUGGAACCUCAAGUUGCACCUCAGUCAGAUGAGCAGGAGAAUGACUUUACAGAGACAGCCUCUGCAGCGUCCGUUCCACUAUCUUCUACGCUGGACCAGCCCAGACCACCUGAGCCAGUGACAGUGACUUUGAGGCGCUCAGAGCGCACUAUUAAGCGACCUUCACGUUAUAGUGACUAA